GGCGAGACGCGGAGCCAUUUUGUAGUCAUUUAAAACUUGCCGUUGGAUAAUGCAGCUGCGCUCCUCGAAUACUAUGGAUACACACUGUUUUUUUCCUCUUUAAAACUUCGCAAUGGUGGUCAAAAGAGAGACCAGGAGUUGGGAGAAGGAAAGCUAAUGAUUUUUUGCGGAGGUGUGUUGGAUUAAUUUGAAUGGAAUUGAGAAGUUUUGAACCAUGGAAUCGUCCGUGUGUUGGAUCUGGGUUGGUAUUCUAUUCAACGUGCCGCUGACGGGAUGUUUCGAAUUGCACCUUUCGGAUACGUUACAACCGCGGACCGUUGUGGCCAAUUUUUCGCUUGGGCCCGGUUGGACGUACAAAGUAGACAGGACUUUAACUCCUAAAUACAUUCAGAACUUUUUACAAGUGGAAUGGCAAGAGGGAGUGAUACGUUUAUCCCAAAAUGUGGACUGUGCGCGUGCACCAAGGAACCCGGUGCCCGUCUACCUCCGUGUUGGAUCUGUAUCACCUGGAAACUUCAUGCUGACACGUUUCAAUGUGUUUGUGCACGGGCAGGAUUGUUUCAUCAAAUACAGACGAAAGAACAUAUUAGGUGAGCCAGACAUUGACAUCCAUUAUCUAACAGAACUAGAUAAUACUUCCUGUCUUCCUGCAGGUAGUUUGCUGUUGAAUGUAUCUAAAUUGUUGCCGGCUUUUACGCGAAACGUUAUAUUUACUGCCUCUGAAUGUUCAGGAAAAUACCUAAAAGCGGUUUUUGCUCAAGGGAAUUUGUUUUUGGGUCAUAACUUUUGUUUGGAGCGUGGGGAACGGACCGCGCCGUCUCUGCGUUGUGCUUUGCGCGGUGACCGCGUCUCCGUGCGCGUGAGAGUGCAGAUCGUGACAUCGGAGAGACGUGGAUCUUUAUCAGAUGCCGUUCAGAGAAUGCCUGACAAAUGGAACCGCAGAAGACGCAGGAACGCCAACGCGUCCCCUCAGUUCCAGCUGCCCAACUAUCAGGUGUCGGUCCCGGAGAACGAGGCAGCGGGAACCCGCGUUAUCACUCUGAAGGCCGCAGACCCGGACGACGGGGAGGAGGGAAGGCUGGAGUACGGUAUGGAGGCUUUGUUCGACAGCCGAUCCAACGACUUUUUCCUCAUAGACCCACAGACGGGAAGCAUUACCACCUUCCAGGCGUUAGAUAGAGAGAUCAAAGACACCCACGUUUUUAAAGUAACGGUGACAGACAAUGGUUCCCCCAGGCGCUCAGCCACGACUUACCUCACCGUCACGGUGAGCGACACAAACGAUCACGGGCCUGUGUUUGAGCAAACCGAAUACCGUGUUAGCAUACGGGAGAACGUGGAAGUGGGCUUUGAAGUCAUGACGAUAAGAGCCACAGACGGAGACGCGCCCUCCAACGCCAACAUGAUCUACAAGAUCGUCAACGGCGACGGGGUGAACGCCGUUUUCGAAAUUGACCAGCGGAACGGUCUGGUGAGGAUCCGAGAGCGGCCCGACCGAGAAACGAUGUCCCAGUACCAGCUGAUCGUGGAGGCUAACGACCAGGGGAAAGACCCCGGCCCACGGAGCGCCUCCGCCACCGUCAACAUUUCCGUCGAAGAUGAGAACGACAACUACCCGCAGUUCAGCGAGAAGCGCUACGUGGUCCAGGUGCCCGAGAACGUGGCCGUCAACACCAAGGUGACGCAGGUGGAGGCCAGCGACAAGGACGAGGGAAACAACGCCAAGGUCCACUACAGCAUCAUCAGCGGGAACGUGAAGGGCCAGUUCUACAUCCACUCCCCCACGGGCGUCAUCGACGUCAUCAACCCCCUGGAUUACGAGAUGAUCAGGGAGUAUAACCUGCGGAUCAAGGCGCAGGAUGGAGGACGGCCCCCGUUGAUUAACGGGACGGGGAUGGUGGUGGUGCAGGUGGUGGAUGUGAACGACAACGCGCCCAUGUUCGUCAGCACGCCCUUCCAAGCCACCGUCCUGGAGAACGUUGCCGUGGGAUACUCGGUGAUCCACAUCCAGGCCAUCGACGCCGACUCGGGCAACAACGCCCGCCUGCACUACCGGCUGACGGACACCGGCCCCAGUUUCCCGUUCACCGUCAACAACAGCACCGGGUGGAUCACCGUGAGCGAGGAGCUGGACCGGGAGACCACAGAGUUCUACGCCUUCGGCGUGGAAGCGAGCGACCACGGCGUGCCGGUGAUGUCGUCCUCGGCGAGCGUGAGCAUCACGGUGCUCGACGUUAACGAUAACGUCCCCACGUUCACGGAGAAGGUGUACGCCCUGAAGAUCAACGAGGACGCCGUGGUGGGCACCAGCGUCGCCACGCUGACCGCGGUGGAUCGGGACGUGAACAGCGUGGUGACGUAUCAGAUCUCCAGCGGCAACACGCGGAACCGCUUCGCCAUCACCAGUCAGAGCGGGGGGGGACUGGUCACUCUGGCGCUGCCCCUCGACUACAAGCAGGAGCGUCAGUACGUCCUGACGGUCACCGCGUCUGAUGGCACGCGCUCCGACACCGCGCAGGUCUUCAUCAACGUCACGGACGCCAACACGCACCGGCCGGUGUUCCAGAGUGCCAACUACCAGGUGACCAUCAGCGAGGACCGUCCAAUCGGCUCCACCGUAGUCGUCAUCAGCGCCACGGACGAGGACACGGGCGAGAACGCCAGGAUCACCUACGUGAUGGAGGACAACGUCCCCCAGUUCAAGAUCGAACAGGACUCGGGCGCCAUCACCACCCAGACGGAGAUCGACUACGAGGUUCAGGCGUCGUACACGCUCGCCAUCGUCGCCAGGGACAACGGUAUCCCUCAGAAGUCGGACACGACGUACGUGGAGAUCAUCGUGCUGGAUGCCAACGACAACGCUCCCCAGUUCCUGCGAGACGUGUACCAGGGGACCGUGUUCGAGGACGCGCCCGUCUACACCAGCGUCCUGCAGAUCUCCGCCUCCGACAGAGACGCCGGCUCCAAUGGCCGCCUGAGCUACACCUUCCAGGGAGGGGAGGACGGAGACGGGGAUUUCUUUGUGGAACCGUACUCCGGAAUCAUCCGGACCGCCCGGAAACUGGACCGGGAGAACGUACAGGUCUACAGCCUCAAGGCGUAUGCGGUGGACCGCGGGGUUCCCCAGUUGACAGCGGCGGUUGAGGUCCAGGUGUCGGUGCUGGACAUCAACGACAACGCGCCGGUGUUCGAGAAGGACGAGCUGUUUGUGUACGUGGAGGAGAACAGCCCCGUGGGGUCCGUGGUGGCCCGGGUCAGUGCCAGCGACCCAGACGAGGGCACCAACGCCCAGAUCAUGUACCAGAUCGUGGAGGGCAACGUCCCAGAGGUCUUCCAGCUGGACAUCUUCAACGGGGACCUGACGGCUCUCGCCGACCUCGACUACGAGAGCAGGACGGAGUAUGUUAUCGUUGUCCAGGCAACAUCGGCUCCGCUGGUCAGCCGGGCCACGGUCCACAUCCGGCUGGUGGACGUGAACGACAACCCCCCCGUUCUGAAGGACUUCGAGAUCAUCUUCAACAACUACGUCACCAACAAGUCCAACAGCUUCCCCUCGGGAGUGAUCGGCAGGGUGCCGGCCCGCGACCCGGACGUGUCCGACAAGCUGCAGUACAGCUUCCUGUCUGGGAACGAGCUCAGCCUGCUCCUGCUGAACCCGGAGACGGGAGACCUGAGACUCAGCAGAGACUUGGACAACAACAGACCCCUGGAGGCUCCCAUGGUGGUGUCUGUCACAGCCUCUAGCCCGCCAGCCUCUAGCCCGCCAGCCUCUAGCCCGCCAGCCUCUAGCCCGCUAGUCUCUAGCCCGCCAGCCUCUAGCUCUCAGCCUCUAGCCCCCAGCCUCUGCUCGCCAGCCUCUAGCUCUCAGCCUCUAGCCCCCAGCCUCGAGCCCCCAGCCUCUGCCCGCCAGCCUCUAGCUCCCAGCCUCUAG